AAACUUUCAUCGUGAAUUGUAUUUUAUAUUAAGAUAUUUUAACGUUGGUGUUUAUAAUUUACGUAUUUACAUAGGAUAAAAAAUAUUAAAAACUUUACAAAAGCUAAAGUUCACCCACAGUGCUUGUGACCCUGAUGGGACAGUCUCACUUUUCCAUCCACUUCCACGCCAUCGACUACAGAGUGGCCGUCAUUGUCCCUAAUUGGUUCCUGUGGCCUCUGCAUGGAAUUUCAGAAGACGCACCCGGGCUCGGGUCCACUCACGCUCAUCCCGGCUGACCUCGGGCGAGAAGCGGUGCCAACUCCGGAUUGAUCGUCGGUCAAUUGCAGGGAUGUUCAACCCUCUUUGGAAAACCGACUGAGGAAGCAUCGCCGCAGGACGAGAUAGAAGAAGAUAUUGAGUCGUGUGGGGGGGGUUUGGUGGUGGUGGGGAGACUGACACCUGCCCUCCAGCACAGUCAAGGGCAUAGAUUGAAAGAGUGACAGGUUGGGGGCAUGAAAAGAAGGGAAACAGCAGAGAGAAUGAAGACAGACGGAAAACAAGACCUGCCUCACAGCAAAUCUUGCUCCAAUUAGGACAUCUUCCCACAAGACAAGAUGAUUACACGUAAUCUUCUUCUGUUACUUGGUAUGUGCCUGUGGGAUGGGCUGUCAGGAGGCGUUUUUGCCAGCAAGGUUGUGUGGAUGCGAGGAGUCGGUGCGUCGCACAUGAUGAAAAUGGAGGAGAACAAAGCUACGGACCAAUGGGAAGCGAGCAGGGACACAAACGCAAUGCCGGUGGUGACGCUGAGAAAUCUAAUAAGUCAUGCGCAGCCGGCUGACACCGGAUCCGUGUCCUACGCCAAAGAACUCCCGAAUCGCGCCACUCCGUCAGCAGCCAUCAAAGACAGGCUGGCUUUCAAACCUAAGCGUGAGGUCGAUUCCGUUAGCAAGAAAGAAGUCGCUCACCACAAGGAGUUAAGUCAGAAUUCGAAAAGAGCUAAGAACACCACAAGGAAUGUUGAGAUUAAACCGGGAAAAACAAUCACCCUCCAUCGCAAGCUGGAUUUACAUUCCAAUAAAACCCGAUUCAGAUUAAGUUCAAGAUCCAAAAGCAGACCCGAUUUGAACGUCCACACAACAGGACUUCCAGCGAAAGGAAUAAGCGUUGAAUUAAACCGAAAACUGAACCUGAGCGGAAGUUCUGAAGUUCUGAAAGUGCUAUCCAAGGAAAACCUUGUCAGGAUUGUCAAUUCCCAAAUGCAGAAUGUUCCCAAUUUGAACUUUCCCAGCAAGGGCAGCCGGAGUAGAAAGAGAGAUUUGAUUGACGUUAAUCAAGGACAGUUGGAGGCUCUGAAAAUGUCAAGACAAGACAUGUCUGUCACUCAGUCACAUGCCGGAUCUGAUAAUCAGACUGAAUUUCCAUAUAAAAACCCGGUCACCACUCCAGAUGCUAAUCAGGACCACAGCACGGAUACACUUAAUCCAAAAUUGGAAAUUCCAGGAUUAAGUAAAGGGCAGGACAGUUCGGGACUGCAGGCGUCGGACAGUGGUGAAAACAAGAGAAAGCGGGCUCUAUUACGGUCGGCGCCUUCCGAUACGGUCGGUCAUAGCUCAGAAAAAGGACUAACAAUCAACCCGACAGAAUCACCUCUCAAACUGACAAAACAUUUCCCUCCGUAUGUCCCCGGUGAAAGAAAUGACUCGAGUCCAUCUGUGCUGACAACGCAGCCCCAAGGAAUCAGACCCGGUAACAGAACAGCAGAUUCCCACGGAGACCCAUUAACAGAGUCAGUUCGCACCGCUCAAACAGACCUCAGCACAGCUCACUAUUCGGCAGAUGAAGAGAAAACACUUGUCAACAGCAGUCAUAUCCUCAGGCUGCAUCCGGCUCCUGAAUGGCGCCACGAUGCAAAGAGUACCGGGAUGCAGGUGGAUGAUCCAGAAAAUGGGAACGGACUUGUGUUUGAGGAAGCCGAGUCACAGGACGACGCGGUCGAUUUUGCGGAACAGAAGAGGUCCCGCUCACGCAGCAGAAGAAGUUGGAUCUGGAACCAGUUCUUUGUCAUUGAAGAAUACGCCGGACCUGAACCUGUUCUCAUCGGCCGGCUCCACACGGACAUGGACAGGAAUGAUGGACGCACUAAAUAUGUCCUGAGAGGCGAAGGGGCGGGCUCUGUCUUUGUGAUCGAUGAGAAGACAGGUAACAUCCACGUCACAAAGCCGCUGGACCGUGAGGAGAAGGAUGAGUACCGUCUCAUUGCCACGGCCACUGACAGGCAGACGGACCGUGCCCUGGAGCCCUCAUCACAGUUUAUAAUCCGGGUGCAGGACAUCAACGACAACCCGCCUGUCUUCGACGAAGGACCCUACAGCGCCACGGUGCCUGAGAUGGCAAAUAUAGGGACGUCUAUCAUCCAGGUGACAGCCACGGAUGCAGAUGACCCGACUUACGGGAACAGCGCCAAACUGGUGUACACGCUGGUGCAGGGCCAACAGUACUUCUCAGUCGAUCCCCAGACAGGAAUCCUACGCACAGCUGUCCCAGACAUGGACAGGGAGACCCAGGAUCAAUACCUGGUGGUCCUUCAAGCCAAGGACAUGGGAGGCCAUUUAGGAGGAUUAUCCGGGACCACCACCGUCACAGUCACUCUCUCUGACGUCAACGACAACCCUCCACGCUUCACUCAGAGUAUGUGGUCCUUCUCCGUAUCCGAGCUGGCCGUCCCAGGUGCUGAAAUAGGACGGAUCUCAGCAAGUGACGCUGACCUCGGCGACAACGCCAAGCUGGAGUAUACCAUCCUGGAGGGGGAGACGGGUGACACAUUUAACAUCACAGGAGUAAAGCAAGAGGCUGUCAUCACUCUCAACAAGGCUGUCGAUUAUGAAAGCCGAAGCUCCUACUCCUUCUCCGUGGAGGUCCUCAACCCCACCGUGGACCCUCGCUUCUUGCGUCGAGGACCCUUUAAAGACCGGGCAUCGAUCAGAGUUGCCGUGUUGGAUGCAGACGAACCACCGAGGUUCUCCCGGGCGCGCUACCACAUGGAUGUGUCGGAAAACUGCCCUCCGGCCUGCACCGUGGGCCGAGUCAGCGCCGUAGACCCGGAUACCGGUCUGACCAAUAAUAUCAGGUUCUCCAUCGACCCGCAGUCGGACCCGGAGGCUUUAUUCCGUAUCACGCCGGACUCCGGCCUCAUCACGACAGCGAUGGAAUUAGAUCGGGAACGUGAGCAAUGGCACAACAUUACUGUCAUCGCCACCCAAAGAGACAACCCCAGCCAGGUGUCAAGGGUCGUGGUGGCGGUAGAGACGUUGGACCUUAACGACAACGCUCCCGAGCUGGACAGGCAGUACACAACGGCCAUGUGUGACUCAGCCGCCAUCGGGCAGGUGGUGCAGGUGUUGCGGGCGAUUGAUAGAGAUGAAGGCGGGAAUGACAGCACCGUGUAUUUCAGCAUCCCUCCGGAGUCCGGCGCUGCCCUCAACUUCAGCGUCAGGGACAGUGGUGGUCCCACAGCCAGCCUGGUGUUACUCUCCCAGUUGCAGCCACUAUCCCGAUCUCCAUCCUCCACCCUCACUCUCUAUGUGCCUCUGCUUUUAAGAGAUGGGACAUCGGGUCUCACCAGUUCUGGCACGGUCACUGUAUCUGUCUGUCCCUGCCUGAGAGGCGGAGCCAAGACCGGGGAGAAGGGCAAACAGGCAGAGAAUGAAUGGGACUGGGAAAGAGAAGCCGUUUGUCUUCCUCAGCAUUCCACACUGCCUUCACCGGGGCUCAGCACUGCCGCCCUGCUGGCCAUACUAGCUUGUGUUGCUACGCUGCUGGCGGUGAGUGCGCUGUCAUUGUCACUGCGGCGUCAGAAACGGGAUUCCCUGUCACCGCUGGAGGAUGAUGACGUCCGUGAGAACAUCAUCACGUACGACGAUGAAGGCGGCGGUGAAGCCGACACGGCUGCGUUCGACAUUGCGGCGCUGCAGAGCGCCCCCCACAGCUCGAGAUCACGCGGGUAUCGGACGCUGGACAGCAGGAACAUACGCUAUGCCCAACGUAGCCAAGAAAAAGGUCGCAUGUACAGCUGGACUCAGAAUCCGACCGUGGAUCACAACUACUCGGGCCCGGGUGGACCCCUUUAUGGGCGCCUCUGUUACAGCAGCCACACGUUACCAGUUCUACGCCGCACACCAGGCGGAACAUUCGAACCGGGCUUGGCAGAGCUGGGAUAUCGUUUUCCUGGAGGCCAACCGGACCAAUCGUUGGUCAUCCAAAACCAGGGUGCCAUGGUUGGUCCGAUGGAUUCAGGGGCAGUGUAUAUAACCCCCACGGAUCUCAGCACAGGAAGCCGAACGGGAAGUCAAGCGGGCAGCCGUGACGGGACCGCAACCCAGAGUGGUGUGAGCACAUCAGACGAAGGAACGCCGCGGACUGGAGACAGCCAAGACAAACGGCGAGGGAUGGGAACCUCCAGCAACUGCACCGAGGACAGCAGUGAAGACAAAGUCAACCACAGUCAGGAUGGGGAUUGGUACUUCACAUUACCCAAAUCCCGGACUGAAACCACUCGUGCUCACCUACGUCCCCUUCAGGUGCAGUCAGAGACGUUACCGAGGGAACACAACCUCGUCCUGACGCGAUCCGGCUCCAUGAUUGGCCAAGUUCACAGCGUCGGAGGCUGGAUGUGCGACUCGGCGACUACGCUCCCCCUAGCAGGCCGCAAGGCGUCCCGAGCGGGACUGUCUCCGAAAGGUUCCAGCCAAGCCGAGUCGGACUGCAGCGGAGGUGCCGGCGGAAGCGGGACUGCCUCCUCGGAUGGACAACACCAAGCUACCAACGCACGCAACUAUGCCACCGUGUUGCAGGGCGAGACCCCCGGACAGAGGGACCCCCCUGUCAGCCUGGGGAGAGGGGGUCUGGAGAUGGGGAGCAACUUUGUAGUGGCGAGACCAGAAAGAGAAAGCGCUGGGAUAUCUUUGACUGGGACUCCAUCGGUCUACCCAGAAGCCCCCGGUUUGAUUGGAGACUGGCGUGAUCGAGUCAAUUUGGGGGGUUACGUAUUAGCAAGAAUGGAUAUGACCCCCCAGCUUUUGCCCUUCCCGGGUCAACCUCGUGGAGCUUACGGAGGAGUUGUAGGCUUUAGUCCCGGUUGGGGUCCGGGGAUGGACGCGGCUAGAGGUACACCAGGCGGUGGGGGUCCGUCUCUGGCUUUGAGGGUGGGCGAAUUCCUACGUCUACGUCUUGCCCAAGUCACCUUCGACCCUUCUCAGCCACCGUACGACUCAGUGCAGAUCUACGGCCUCGAGGGCACCGGUUCCCGAGCCGGAUCCUUGAGCUCACUUGAAAGCGAAGGAGAGAAAGAUGCAGAUAAGGAGGACUGGGGGGCCGGCUUGGAGGAAUGGGGGCCACGGUUCCAGAAGUUAGCGCAACUCUUCAGAGACCGCGAGAAGGAGAAAGAAACAAAGGAAAAAGUUGAAGACGGUGCCAAAGAGGAGAAAGAGGAGACAGACAAGAGGGAGAAAAAAAGGAGGGAGAGGGGCGGUCGAGAUGAAGGGAAAGACAAAGGAAGGAUAUAAAAAGAAAACAAAUAGGGGUGAAGGAGGGAAUAGACUGAUGAAAAGAACCCAAACUACAAUAAUGUGAAGAGAAGUUAAAGGGAAGAAAGAUGAAGCGGCGAAGUAAUAAAAGGAGACGGAGAAAAAUGAGCCCAGGGAGGGCGAGCAAGGCGAGGGAAGACGAGGGGGCGGGGGGACGGGGGGCGUUCAGUGAUUGAUGUAAUUUAAAGCAAUAAGUGUUAAAGCGCCGAUAUGGUUGAGCACGGCUACUGAGACGAUACUGAGGAUGCUAGCGCUCAAGGCGGAAACGACUUCUUAAACACUUUGGACAAAGACUAAAAUAAACAAGACAGGACUGAACCAAGCUGCUACAUGCUAAUGAGAAGCAACGCUAAUGUUUGUUUUUUGUGGGGAAGAAAGUGUGGACGUGAAAAUAUGAGUCAACCCUCGUUGUAAAUUACAGUGGUACCUCAUUUUUGGAUGAAAACUGAAAUUUACGAAAAUCAAAGUAAUUUUUCCCAUGUGAUAAAAACAUAAAUCUGUUCCAGACGCCCCAAAAAUAUGAACAAAAAGUACCGUUUAAUACGAAAACCUUCCCUUCCCUUACUUGAUUUUUUAAUUUCUUCACCAAGAUGGACGUUAUCGUCUAUAUUGUGGCAAACGAAAUCCAAAUGAUUGUGCCUUAAAGGAUACCGUACUUUUGCGGGACCCCCCCCCGGGGCUACCGCAAUAAGAAUGAAGACCAUAGUGUGUCCAACAGACUGAUACUGACAGUCGCACAGUGCGCUUCAACCUGCGCCUCAUCAGUGGCGUCAUUAGGCCGAUAUGUUCUUAAGCCCCCCUGAAUAAUUUGAUAUUUUUAAUUGUUUUUUUUUUGUUUUUUUGUUUAAAAAAAAAAAAUAAAAUUAACAAAAAAAAUCUCUGACAAAUUUUAUAUAAUAGGGCAAAAGCAGGCUAAUACUAGCCUACUACUAGUAGUAAUAAUCAGAAGAAAAUUAAUGAUGAUAGUAAUAAUAAUAGGCUAAUUAAUAAUAUAAUAAUGAUUAUGAUAUAAUUGAUCACUGUCCACAGUUUUGCAGUAUAGAUUGUGUGUACUUGUGUAAAUUUAAUGGUGGCCGAAAACAAUUGAGUAUCUCUACUAAAUUUGUCCAAAGGUGGGAAAGUUAUAUCCCGGUUCUUGUUUGUUAUUUGAUAUUUGGAAUUUUGGGGAUUUUUUUGGAAUUUUUGGAUUUUUUUCAGAUUUUUAAAAUUUUUUUUAACGUCUACUACAUUCAUUCAUAUCCUGUGCAUCUCCAGGGGGCUAAGCCCCCCCCCCAACCCCCACCUCCGUCCUCAGAACCUAGUGACGCACCUGCGCCUCAUCAUGCACAAUGCAGAAGAAAAGAGAUGAAAAAUGUAUUCUAACAUAUAAUUUAACAAGAAAAACUAAAAAAAAAAAUUGCAAAAAUGUAAAAAAAAUCUGCUGUAAUUUUACGACAAUAAAUUCUAAGACUAAUAUAAAAUUAUAAGGAAACAUAACAGAAAAAAUCAGUUAUGUUUUUUAAGAGGUCACAAUAUUGAAAAAACAAACACAACAAAUUCAUUUGUCAUUUUUGAAAAAUUAGGUUGGAGAAAAAUUUUGUAAAAUUGUAAAAUUUUAAAAACUUAAAUUGAAUAAAGUCGUAAUAUUACGAAAAGAAAAAUGACACAGACUGUUUAAGAAGAAAGUAGAAAUAUUUUGAAAAUAAAAAAACAACAGCAAAAAUGUGAAAAAAGAGCUAACUUGAUACAAAUAAUAGCCUUUAUUUUUCAUCUGUAUUUUUUUUUUUUUUUAACUGAAAAAAACAAUCUGUAUAACAUCUCAGCAUUUCUACCUGUGUUGCUUUGCAAAAUAUCAAAGUACCCUGUGAUUGGCUGGCCACCAGUCAGCUGGGAUAGGCUCCAGCAUCCCCCCUGAGGAUAAAUGAAUAAAUGAAUCAUAUCUGUCCAAACAAAUGUACCUUUAGUUGUAUCAGGCAUUUAUAUAUAUAUAUAUAUGAAUGUAAUUUACAAUGAGGGUUGAGUUAUUUUGAUUCCAAACUUUACGUGUACAUGAUACAAAGGCAGUCAGUGAGCUAGCUGCUAAGGGACACGCUGUCACUCAGAAAUAAUGACAAUAGCUUUUGAUAAUUAAGAUAUGAUGUCAGAAACCAGUAAAGGGAUCAGACUCGGGUAGCAUCCAGGGACCUGGAACAUAUAUAUUGAAUACAAAGUAACGAGGGAACAAGAGAGGGAUAUAGAACAGUGAGACUACUGUAUUUAAAAAAAAAAAUCCUUUUUAUUCUCUUUCCAAUGGCAGAAUAGUAAAUUUUUCAGCUGGCUGCUUCAUUCUAAAUGAAAAUGAUGAAUCAUUCAAAUCCUGUAAAAGACUCUCCCUCCUUUCAGCCCCUCCAGGAAAACAGACGUUGUGAAAAUUUAAAUGAUUUGGGGGAUGUGUGAUUCCCCCCCCGCGCCGUUUUCUCUCAUUUCCCAUCUUUUUUUAAGUCGGGUGUUGCUCUGUUUACAAAGACACAAAGUCGGCGCCAUUGGAAGUCAUUCCCAUUCCCAAAGGCUUUGAUUGUACUGCAAACCCAUCUGGUAACGAUUCACGAUCCCAUGUCCGAUUAUAUUUAACUGUUUUAUAAUAGAACUAUUUCUUAUGUAUAAAAUGCCCUGUUGUGUCAGAAUGCAUGACUUUUGAUAUCAAUAAAAAUGGCAAUCAACUCCCAUGUUAGCACUAGCGCUGCCCAAACAGACGCCGUGUAGUUUAGCAACGCAACACAACGUUCAGUGUGUGUUUUUUUUUUUUUUUUUUCUCGUUAAAGGUCGGGAUGCAAACGAGUCUUCGGCUAGAACGCACUUUUAUUGUGUAAUAGAUGACGAAUUAUGUUCAAGAUUACAGUUGUCUUUAUAAGAUGUUGAUUCAAGAUCAUCGACUGUAUGUAAAUAGGCAUUUUAAUGUAAAUAAAUAACAUUGGAUGUUAUUGCGGAAAGAGACAAUGAGUAAUUAUGUUUAUUAUUUUUCUUUUUUUAAAGCAAACCUGUCCGUACGGAUCACUUGUUAGGACUCUUUGUAUGUAUUGUAGAUUAGAAAUGAAUCAGAUCAACUCAGACUGAACCACAGUGUUUGUGUAACAAGUGUUUUUGUUGCAACGCACUGCUACUUGUGGCUGAACUUUAUUGUGCAACAUGUUAGUCACCGGAUGCUAAUUUUUAGAGCACACUGGCCCCAAUUUGGAUGAAAAAGCAGUGGCGUGAAUAGAAACUCUAUUAAAAGUGAUCAAAUAAAACAAGUCCAGUUCUUUAUCGUUUUGCCCCAAAAUGUCCAAUAAAUGUGUAAUUGGUUUCUUCCGUGUUGUCAUCCGCGUGAGAGCGAUGGCAAAACUCUUUGUUUCAGGUCCAUGUUUUUUUUGGUAGAAUUUGGUAGCUAGCCCGCAAAAUGUCUUUAUCAGAUAGCAAAUUUUUUUUUCCAAGUGAGGUUGGGAAGUUAAUGUCACAAGCCGGAGAAAUAAAUUUCAUUUGUUCACUUCCUGCUUUCCUAAUAUAAUUUAAGUUAUUUUUAUUUUAUUUUUUUAAUUUAAUAAAAAAAUUGUUUUUCCUUUUUUGUAAUUAAUUGAAAUUUUUUAUGGUUUUAUUUGAUUUGAACAUGCAUCAGAUUACAAUUGAAUGCACCACAUAAUCAGUUCACAGUUCCACAUGUCCAAAAGGAGUAGGAAGAAGCAAAGCUUAUUAAAUCCUACCCCUCCAUCUGGUACUUUUACAAUCAAUAGCUGUUACAUUUGUUCACUUCCUGCUUUCCUAAUAUAAUUUAAGUUAUUUUUUUAAAUUUAAUAAAAAAAAUUGUUUUUCAUUUUUUUGUAAUUAUUUUUUUAAUGGUUUUAUUUGAUUUGAACAUGCAUCAGAUUACAAUUGAAUGCAUCACAUAAUCAGUUCACAGUUUCACAUGUCCAAAAGGAGUAGGAAGAAGCAAAGCUUAUUAAAUCCUUAUUAGUAGAUUUUUCAAGGCACACAGAUGAUUGUGUUGUAUGGCUAUAUAAACAUGGAACCUACCAAAAGAAAGAUUAGACUCCUAUCUUUCAUCAGGGAAAACAAAGGUUGUUUCUACCUUUUUCUGUUCUUUAGUUAUUAUCAAUAAAACAUAGACAAGUUUCAGGAAAAUAUCAGUUCCCAACAAAAAAAGUGACAUUUUUUUUAUGGCUAUAUAAACAUGGAACCUACCAAAAGAUUAGACUCCUGUCUUUCAUCAGGAAAAACACAGGCUGUUUUUACCUUUUUUUGUUUUCUCGUAAUCAUCAGUAAAACAUAGGCAAGUUUCAGGAAAAUAUCAGUUCCCAACAAAAAAAAAUGUGAAAAUAUAUUUUUCAAGCCUAACUUUCACUUUGGCACAAAAGCAUUCUAAGUAUAUUUAGCCAAAAUAUUAAACAACUAUGCACACAUAGUGCACACAAAUUUCCCUUCAAUACACAAUAUCGUGCAUGCUACACAGCUCCAUGGUUUUUGACUUCCUGGAUGCAAGCCAAGAAUUUCUGCCACCUAUGUUGGCACUUUUGGGAUUUUUUUCCAGAAAGCAUUAUAGGCAGGAUAAGUGUUUCCCAUUACAUUGCAUUCUUAGCGGUGUCUUUUUUUUAGCUGUUUGAAUAUCUUUCGAAUGAGCAUUUGGUUUCAUUGAAUAUUGAAUAUGAAAAGAAUCUAUGUGUGAUCCACUCUAUAUCCCUUUUCUCUUUUUCAGAUUCCAAUAUCAUAUAAACUUUUGAGUAAGACUUGUAUACUCCAGGCAAAGAGAACUAUGUCUCCAUACCGAUAUGCAAAUUUCACGUUAUCUUGAAUGCAACACGCAUCCAGAUGAAAGGAAUGCAUGUGAGGAUAUAAUUCACAUAUCCGAGUGUGUGUGUCUUUGUUGUGCCAUUUAAACGAGCUUUGUUGUAAAGCAUUCCGGAUCUUUUGAACUGCCAGCUUUGCCCGAGUCUACCUUACUGGUCCAACAUAAUCUGCUUAUAUCCCACACGCUGGAUUCAAGCUACGGUACUGGAGACUGUCUUUAUUACACUUUACCUGAACCACUGGAUGAUCAUUGGACUUAUGUAGAAAGUAGUCAUAAUACUCGGGCCCUAAUAAUGAUGGUAAAUAGUGGGGGGUUGCAGAAACCCAGUGGAUCUCGGUUAUGAUUAGAAUUGAAUAAAACAUUCCAAAGUUCUGUCUUUUGAAAUCAUCAAGGCUGUGGAUUAUUAUCAAUAUUAUUGUGUAAUAUUAUUAUUUUUUGUGUAAAACUCAUUGGUGUUUUACAAUGAGUUACGUCUAUUUUAUUCAAUAAUUUCGCACCUUCUUAAUCCAAAUCUUUCCACUUGCAAAUUUUUUUUUUGGCUCCAUUUUGAACUGCAGUCAACCACUGAUGACAUCAUAGACAGGCGAUAGUAAUGUAUAGCAAGCUAAUAGGCUACUACUGAGCAUGUUUUUGUUGAUAAAAAUACAUAAAGAAGACAGUAAUGUUAAUGGUUUUAUUUGAUUUGAACAUGCAUCAGAUUACAAUUGAAUGCAUCACAUAAUCAGUUCACAGUUCCACAUGUCCAAAAGGAGUAGGAAGAAGCAAAGCUUAUUAAAUCCUACCCCUCCAUCUGGUACUUUUACAAUCAGAAACUGUUACAUUUGUUCACUUCCUGCUUUCCUAAUAUAAUUUAAGUAAUUUUUUUUAUUUAAUAAAAAAAUUGUUUUUCAUUUUUUGUAAUUAAUUUAAUUUUUUAUGGUUUUAUUUGAUUUGAACAUGCAUCAGAUUACAAUUGAAUGCAUCACAUAAUCAGUUCACAGUUCCACAUGUCCAAAAGGAGUAGGAAGAAGCAAAGCUUAUUAAAUCCUACCCCUCCAUCUGGUACUUUUACAAUCAGUAACCGUUACAUUUGUUCACUUCCUGCUUUCCUAAUAUAAUUUAAGUUAUUUUUAUUUUAUUUUUUUAAUUUAAUAAAAAAAAGUUUCUUUUUUGUAAUUAUUUUUUUUACAU